CGUGGAGAAUCGAGGAUGGAGCCGCAGGCGCGGUGGAUGGAACGGGAGGGGCCGGAGUAUUGGGAGAGGCAGACACAGAGCCAAGGGACAGGAGCAGUGGUUCCAAGUGGACCUGGGGACCCUGCUGGCUACUACAACCAGAGCGAGGGCGGCUCCCACACCAUCCAGGUGAUGUAUGGCUGUGACGUGGGGUCGGACGGGAGCCUCCUCCGCGGGUAUUAUCAGGACGCCUACGAUGGCCGCGAUUACAUCGCCCUGAACGAAGACCUGAAAACGUGGAUGGCAGCGGACACAGCGGCACGGAUCACCCGGAGCAAGUGGGAUCAGGCUGGUGAAGCAGAGAGAAGCAGGGCCUACCUGGAGGGCGAGUGCGUGGAGUCGCUUUGCAGAUACCUGGAGCUCGGGAAGGAGACGCUGCUGCGCUCAGACCCCCCAAAGGCACAUGUGACCCUUCACCCCAGACCUGAAGGUGAUGUCACCCUGAGGUGCUGGGCCCUGGGCUUCUACCCUCCUGGUAUCUUCUUGAUCUGGCAGUUGAAUGGGGAGGACCUGACCCAGGACAUGGAGCUUGUGGAGACCAGGCCUGCAGGGGAUGGAACCUUCCAGAAGUGGGCAUCUGUGGUGGUGCUUCCUGGGGAGGAGCAGAAUUACACAUGCUGUGUGGAGCAUGAGGGGCUGCCUGAGCCCCUCACCCUGAGAUGGGGUAAGGAGGAGCUGCCUCCAUCCACCGACUCCAACAUGGAAACCAAUGUUAUUUAUGUUGUCCUUGGAGCUGUGACCAUCAUUGGAGCUGUGGCCAUCAUUGGAGUUUGUGUGAGGAGGAGAAGGAGGAGAAACAUAGGUGGAAUAUGAGGAGACUACGCCCCUGCUCCAGGCAGGGACAGCUGCCAGAGCUCUGAUGUGUCCCUCGCAGAUUG